GAGCCGCGCGGCCAGGCCCUCUUAGCGCCCUGACAUCCGAGGGGAACAGGUGAACCUGCCGCCCGCUCCCACCCGCUCCGCCCGGACAGCCGAAUCAGAGGGGACGACCCUGCCGGUUAAAGAGGCUCCUUCUUGCUCCAGCGGAGGCCUUCCCCCAGCUAUGGCCCCCCGGAGCCCCUUCGGACCCGCAGGGACUGCCCCCCAUCCCGGCCGCCCGGGCCCGCCCUCUGCAUCCCGCGGGCAGCCAGUGUGAAGCGGCCUCCCGCAGCCCCCGCCCCUCCCCCAUGGAGGAGGAGGAGGGGGCGGCGGCCAAGGAGUGGGGCACGACCCCCGCGGGGCCCGUCUGGACCGCUGUGUUCGACUACGAGGCGGUGGGCGACGAGGAGCUGACCCUGCGGAGGGGCGACCGCGUCCAGGUGCUUUCCCAGGACUGUGCGGUGUCUGGCGAUGAGGGCUGGUGGACCGGGCAGCUGCCCAGCGGCCGUGUGGGCGUCUUCCCCAGCAACUACGUGGCCCCUGCUGCACCCGCCCCGCCCGCGGGCCUCCAGCUGCCCCAGGAGAUCCCCUUCCACGAGCUGCAACUGGAGGAGAUCAUCGGUGUGGGGGGCUUUGGCAAGGUCUAUCGGGCCCUGUGGCAUGGGGAGGAGGUAGCAGUCAAGGCCGCCCGGCUGGACCCUGAGCGAGACCCGGCAGUGACAGCGGAGCAGGUGCGCCAGGAGGCCCGGCUUUUUGGAGCCCUGCAGCACCCCAACAUCAUUGCCCUGAGGGGCGCCUGCCUGAGCCCCCCAAAUCUCUGCCUGGUGAUGGAGUAUGCCCGGGGAGGCGCACUGAGUAGGGUGCUGGCAGGUCGUCGGGUGCCCCCUCAUGUGCUGGUCAACUGGGCUGUGCAGGUGGCCCGGGGCAUGAACUACCUACACAAUGAUGCCCCGGUGCCCAUCAUCCACCGGGACCUCAAGUCCAUCAACAUCCUUAUCCUGGAGGCCAUUGAGAACCACAACCUCGCAGACACGGUGCUCAAGAUCACAGACUUCGGCCUCGCCCGGGAGUGGCACAAGACCACCAAAAUGAGCGCCGCUGGGACCUACGCCUGGAUGGCCCCGGAGGUUAUCCGUCUCUCCCUCUUCUCCAAAAGCAGCGAUGUCUGGAGCUUCGGGGUGCUGCUCUGGGAGCUGCUGACGGGUGAGGUCCCCUACCGGGAAAUCGACGCCUUGGCCGUGGCAUAUGGCGUGGCUAUGAACAAGCUGACGCUGCCCAUCCCCUCCACCUGCCCCGAGCCCUUUGCCCGCCUACUGGAGGAAUGCUGGGACCCAGACCCACAUGGGCGGCCAGAUUUUGGCAGCAUCUUGAAGCGGCUGGAAGUCAUAGAGCAGUCAGCCCUGUUCCAGAUGCCGCUGGAGUCCUUCCACUCCCUGCAGGAGGACUGGAAGCUGGAGAUUCAGCACAUGUUUGAUGACCUUCGCACCAAGGAGAAGGAGCUCCGCAGCCGCGAGGAGGAGCUGCUACGUGCAGCGCAGGAGCAGCGCUUCCAGGAGGAGCAGCUUCGGAGGCGGGAGCAGGAGCUGGCGGAGCGUGAGAUGGACAUCGUGGAGCGGGAGCUGCACCUGCUCAUGUGCCAGCUGAGCCAGGAAAAGCCCCGGGUCCGCAAACGCAAGGGCAAUUUCAAGCGCAGCCGCCUGCUCAAGCUGCGGGAAGGCAGCAGCCACAUCAGCCUGCCCUCCGGCUUCGAGCAUAAGAUCACAGUCCAGGCCUCUCCUACCCUGGACAAGCGGAAAGGAUCCGAUGGGGCCAGUCCCCCUGCCAGCCCCAGCAUCAUCCCAAGACUGAGGGCCAUUCGCCUGACUCCUGUGGACUGUGGUGGUGGCAGCAGCAGUGGUGGCAGUGGGACAUGGGGCCGCAGUGGGCCCCCAAAGAAGGAAGAACUAGUUGGAGGCAAGAAGAAAGGCCGGACAUGGGGACCCAGCUCCACCCUGCAGAAGGAGAGAGCUGGAGGAGAGGAGAGGCUGAAGACUCUGGGGGAAGGGAGCAAACAGUGGUCAUCAAGUGCCCCCAACCUGGGAAAAUCCCCCAAACACACACCCAUCGCCCCUGGUUUUGCCAGCCUCAACGAGAUGGAGGAGUUCGCCGAGGCGGAUGGAGCCAUGGGAGUGGUGGCGGCCUGGGGCAAGAGCCCAGUGCUUCCGGGCUUCAGACGGCAGUGGCCCUGCUGGACAGUGGGCCCAGCAUCUGAGCGUUUUUCAAGGGAAGCCCCAAAUUCCACUCUUGCUGUAACUGUUGCUGACUUUGGAAGUCCCCCUUCACCCACCCCACUCACCUCAUCUGAUCCUCUCUCCCCAGGCCCUCGAGACCCCCUGGACUUCCCCCGCCUGCCUGACCCCCAGGCCCUGUUCCCCACCCGCCGCCGGCCCCCCGAGUUCCCUGGCCGUCCCACCACCCUGACCUUUGCCCCAAGACCCCGGCCGGCUGCCAGCCGUCCCCGUCUGGACCCCUGGAAACUGGUCUCCUUUGGUCGGACACUCACCAUCUCGCCUCCAAGCAGGCCAGACACUCCAGAGAGCCCUGGGCCCCCCAGCAUGCAGCCUACACUGCUGGACAUGGACAUGGAGGGGCAGAGCCAGGACAGCACUGUGCCCCUGUGUGAGGCCCACGGCUCCCAAUGAGGCCUGCCCACCACCGCCCGCCUGGGCAGCCAUGAAUGUAGCGUCCCAGGCCCCGCCCCAGCCUGCCAUGCCCCAAGGCGGGGGAGGCCCUGGGCAGGAUACUCACUCUAUUUAUUGGGGAAGGAGGGAGGGGGGACACUUAAUUUAUUCUUUGUACCCCAGGGGGUGGAGCCCUGUGCCCACCCUGCAGUGGGUUGGAGGGUGGGCAGGGAUACUCAGGGACAGGGCAUCAUGGGGGAUUUGGCACAAAUGCAGCAUUAAAGGUAACCCCUGCCCCCUA